AGCUGGUUGUCCUGGAGGGUGGUGGCAACCCUGCGCCCCACCCACACCAGAUGGCGACGGUAUUCUGUAAAGUGGGGGGUGGAGAGGAGGCUGUACCGAAGAAGGAAGCCCUCAAUGUUAUCAAUGUGAUUGACCAACUGCCAAAGCCCUGUCCAAAUCCUAAGUUUAUUAACCGGUCCAUGGCUACCAAAGGCCUCCUGCUCCCGUCAAGACGCAGCUUGGCCAGCUUCUCAGAGGAAGAAAACACCGAUGUCAUGAUGCAUAUGCCAGUGGAAGAUUCAGAGUACAGCUCGGAUGACACGAGUAUGUCCCCGAUUCCGUCCACUCUGAUGAACCCCAUCAAAAUGGCUGUGACCCAGCCCAAUAGCAGCUUCUUUGCCGGCAUCCUGGAGGGGGAGCUGAACAAACUCAGUUUGGCAUCAGUGGUCAAGAACACAGAAAAGGAUAAUCUGGCCAUCUGCCCCCGUUCAUCUAAGUCCCAAAUAGCCACCAGGGGCCUAUUGGACCUUGACAACCCUGCCCUGGACACAGACACCUCCUCAACACGCUCUGAGUCUUCUGUGGUCCUGGAUGUGCCAGAGGUUCCGUUCAUUUGUGAACACACUGUUGGCGAUUCCACAGCUGUGAUUUCCUGGACUUACGCUGCAGGCAAGCAGCAGGUCAGUUUCUACCAGGUGCUGCUGCAGGAGGCAACCAAACCAGCUGACAAGGACACGCCCAAGAUCAAGACCCGCCCCUGGAUCUUCAACAAGAUCCUGGGUACCACUGUCAAGCUGAUGGAGCUGAAGUCAAACACGAGUUACUGCCUUACCGUCCGGGCCGCCAACACAGCAGGGGUAGGGAAGUGGUGCAAGCCCUAUAAGUUUGCAACCGUGUCUACUGACUUCAACAGCUUUCCUGAGACCAAUCCCAUCCAGGUCACCGUGCAACGCAAACAACCUCAUCGGAGGACCGUGUCCAUGACAAUGGAGGAGAUGCGAAGGCUGGAGGAUCUGGAAUACUUAUAUCCAUAUUAAGGGGGUGUGGGUUGAGGCUAUCCCUUGCCCACUGUCUGCCUUGGCUCUGGGUCCUCAGGAACCAGAACCGUGAGAUGUACUGUACUACCAAGUACCAAGUCAAAGAACCACUAGUUAUCCACCAGCCUAGGGCCUGGGGCAGAUGUAUCGGAACCUCAACCCUGGGGCGGGGUCAUGGAUAGACAGGAGCCCCAUUCACCUAGUGACAUCUUGAGCUGGCCCAGGCUCAGUCACUGCCCAACAGCUGCUAGGCACCCUCCUUCUUCCCUGACCUGGGCUGGUUCCAGGUUCCCCAUUAAAGAACUGAAGGCCCAUACAGCACCCUGAAACUCUACUUCCUGUUGCCACAAGCCUCAGCUGGGCCAGAGCAUAGGCCUUGUCAGAACGAGGAGUCCAGCAGAUAGAAUGAGAAUAAGGCCGGCUGGGUGACAGGCUGACACUCAAGACUAGAUUCCCAGCUUUAGGGGGAUGUUCUGGCUGAACCCUAGCUUAUGAGUCCUUCCCUUAUGAAGUACAAGGUCAUUGUCUCCUGGGGCUCAGGUAGCUAGCUCAUCCUAACGUAAGGCGUUUUGGGCACGGGUACAGGAUCACUGUGACACACGUGUGCCUCACACGAGUGCCUGGCAUCAGGCAAAUCUAACUGGUGGUUUCUGUGCCUCUCAUGCAGCCCUAUUCUGAUGUGACAGGGGAGAGGAGGCCGAAUACUCAGCUUAGUGACGCGCAAAAUGUACAACCCCCUAAUGGAGGUAGGAAGAAGCUUAAGGAUCUAUACUACCAGGCAGACGCAGAAAUCUCUCCACAGACGACUGGAGGCCGUGAACAGACAAUGCUGAGCCCCAGCUAACUUUACAGCACAGUACUUUUUGGCUUGUGCCAAUGGGCACGUGGCAAGAUGACCAUAGACAGCACAGCCUUAAUCUUUCCACUGGCCACUGGCCUCUCCCUUAUUGCAAUGCAGCAGAGGGCAGCUUCCUGAUCAGCCUGGGCUCCUGCUAUCCAGUGCAAGGAAGGGGCUUGAUGGACCUUCUCAGAGUCCCUGACUGAGCGGGGUGUGUGUGUGUGUGU